AUGUCUCCGGGUGCAGAUGACGAAGGGUUUGAAAACACUCCCAUGACGAAUGGAGGAAGAGGCGAUGGAGUUGAAAACGUGGUGAUUGCUGGUGCAGGUCCCGCAGGGUUAAUGCUGGCAUCGAACCUGGCUCGGUUUGGAAUAAAAGCGACCAUAGUGGAUGACAGGAAGGAUAUGACAAGUACAGGGCGAGCAGAUGGCUUACAACCAAAAACCAUCGAGACUUUUCGACAGCUGCGGAUCGCCGACUCUUUGCUGCAGAAGGGGGUGAAGAUUUACGACAUAUGUUUCUGGAGCUCUACCGCCACAGAGAAGCUGCACAGAACAGGAAGGGAGACACACUACCCUCAGCUUGACUCCAGGGAUCCAUUCAUCUUGCUAGUCCACCAAGGCAUGGUGGAAGAGAUUUUCAUCAAUGAAAUGAAGGAAAGAGGGGUCGAAGUUUCCAGGAGCAGUCCUUUUAUCACAUAUGGGACCAAACCUGAAGCAGAUGGACCCAUUGAGGUUGUCUGUGGCGACGGGUGCGGUACAACAAAAUCAAUCAAGACCAGGUAUCUUGUCGGAUGUGAUGGAGCUCAUUCCAAAGUGAGAAAAGCCAUUCCCGGUGCAGAGAUGCAGGGCGAGGCUAGUAGAGCCCCUUGGGGCGUCCUUGAUGGUGUCAUUGACACUGACUUUCCCGACCUAUGGAGCAAGGUGGUAAUUCACUCUGAGGCGGCUGGCACUGUCCUCUGCAUCCCACGAGAACGCAACAUGACGAGAUUGUACAUCGAACUUGAUCACGGAAUCCAAGCUGCAAUGCCCUCCGAUGCAGCCACUCAGGAGUUCGUGAUGAAAAAGGCACAGGAGAUCCUGGCCCCGUACACUUUGACCUGGAAGCGGAUUGAAUGGUUCAGCGUAUACAAAGUUGGCCAGCGUGUCGCCAACCACUUUUCCGAUGAGAGUGAACGAGUUUUCAUCGCGGGAGACGCUGCUCAUACACACUCCCCAAAAGCCGCCCAGGGCAUGAAUACUAGCAUGCAUGAUGCCUUCAAUCUUGCCUGGAAACUUAAUCUGGCGGUUCGAAAUCUCGCAGCGCCUUCCUUACUCUCCACGUAUCAACAAGAGCGCGGAAAGAUUGCCCAGGAUCUCAUCAAUUUUGAUUUUGAACAUGCCAACGCAUUUGCUGCUGGAGACCCAGAAGCUCUGGCCGAGAACUUCUCCAAAAAUAUGGCUUUCAUUUCCGGUGUGGGAGUGAAGUAUCACCCGAAUGUCCUCAACGUCCCGGAGAAGCUCCCUCAGGGAAGACUUCGAGCAGGCGAGCUUCUGCCUCCAUCAAAGGUGUCACGAUAUAUUGAUGCAAACCCGGUGGACGUUGAGCUUGAUAUUCCCAUGCUUGGACAAUUCCGAAUCUAUCUCUUUGUCCCGGACGUCCAUACAGCAUCCCGUUUCCUGAAUGAUCUGUGCACUCACGUCGUCUCAGCCAAUUCGGUCCUCGGCCGGGCCUCUGCUGCUGCGGCCAUCUCAUAUGCCAAAAUGAAGAUAUCCCCAACCGAAUCUGACUUGUUUGUCCAGCCACAACGAUACACUCCAUUCUCGAGCCUAUUUACAUUCGCGCUCGUCACGACCAUGCCGAAGGAUGAGGUGGAGAUUGGUCACCUUCCUCCAUUACUCCAAGACAGCAGAUGGACAUUUUAUAUGGAUGAUGUGGUUGAGCAGGGUCAAACUUGUACACAAAAAUGGCUGGGAGAACUUCACGAUCAGCAAGUUGCAAUUGUCAAUGUGAGACCAGACGGUUACGUGGGAAACGUGAGCAGAUGGAAUUUCAAUGACGACGAUGCUAGCACGGCGGCUUCCACUUGGCUUGAUUCAUACUAUGGAGGAUUUCUUCAAGGUUGA